GAAUAAUAUGCAUUUUAAUUGAGUAACCAAUGUAAACUUUCGAUAUUUCAUCUUCGUGAUUAAUCAAAGGCGGCUGCGAUUUUAUUUUCCCAGAGGAACACUAAUUGGUUCUAAGGGUUACCGUUCUAAGUUAUAAAAUGGCAGAAGCAGAUCCAGUAACCCUAGUAAGUACCAAGCAAUAUUACAUAAAUUUAAUUUAACUAGGCGUAGGGCGGUCGUAGGGCUAGGGGCUAGGGCCUAAGCACUAAGCCUAAGCACUAAGCCUAAGCCCUGUCACUGUCCUAUUCAAUCAUAUUCACAUUAAUAUUCUAUUAAAAUUACUAUUACUAUGAUUUUGAUUAUCUUUGUAUUUUUAUUUAUUAUUUAGCAUUAUUAGUAAUUAGUUUAGUAAUACUAUUAUUAUUUUAGUAUUAGUAUUACUAUUAAUUAGUUUAGCAUUUAUGAUUUCUCAUUUACUGAUUUAUUUUGGCCACAGGGCAAAUGAAAGAUAAUUGUAUGUAUGGACUAGGCCUAUUAAUAUAUGUAAUUUUAUUUUAUGUUUGUAGUGGCUACGGCUAUGCUUACCUGGGUCCCUUUAACUUUAGUCUAAAUGCUAUUCAGAUGUCAUUUGUGGUAGUUUAUUUUAGUUAAACUGAAGAAGUAAGCUUACAAACAUAUAUUAUCUUUCAUUUGAUACCAAAUAUUGUCCUACAAUAAUAUUUUAAAUAUUUUUUAAUAAACCCAACCUCUCACUUCUGAUACCCGGGUCCGAAUAGCCGCAGCCUAAUAAUAGACAUAGAAAUAGUGUAAUAGUCCUUUUUACAGGAUCCUGAGUAAAGUAACUUACUUUAAAUAUAAAUAUAUAAUGAUAAUGAUUUAUUUAAUCUUUUUAUAAUUUAUAAUUUAUAGUGCAAAUUAAAAAUUAAAAAAUCCACAUUUAUUCAUUUAAAGAGCCACAUGCAUCAUCAGGUUGCUGACCACUAGGCCAUUACAUAAAUAUUUUUAAAAAGUUGUGCAUAAGAAGCCAUGGUUGUACCUGUUCAGUGUGAAUAGCUAUAUGGUUUAUCUGUGUCAGUCAUUAGUUUCUGUACAUUUUAACCACCAAAAAAACAGCAUUGUAUUCUCAAAAUUGACUUAUCACUGAGAUUUAUGGGUGUAACAAAUUUUUUGAUGUGAAGGAGCUUUAAGGUUAUAGCAUUGUUAUUAUGCUCUUUUUUUAGUUGGUCCAUCCAAUUUUUUACUAAAUGAACUUUGAUUAAUAAUUAAAUGUUGUGAUCAUCUUACAUGUAAGAUUGAUAGUUGCAAUGUAAAAAUUAAAUGAUUUAUUGUUUCUCUAUAGGCCAAAAUUAACUAUUAUUGCCAAGCUGGCUACUUUGGGCACAUGGAAGCAUCAGCAACAGAAGGUCUUCAACGCUAUGGAAAUGAUCCCAUCCUUAAAUUCUUUGUGGCUUUCGCAAAAGUUUUGCAAAGUGAGUUUUGAAAACCUGAGAUAAGUUGUUUCAUUCUUACAAAUGACAUACACAUUGACUGCUCUAUGGACCAAAAACAAAUUUUAUGUAUUUCAAAAUUUUAUUGAGGUAAUUUAAAUUUUACAAUUUUUAAUGAUUGUGGAAUGAAUAAUCUCUGGACUAAUUUUAAAACAUUAAACCAAACUACUUCUUUUCAUCCAUUCAACCAGAUCGAGUUCAGGAAGGAAUGAGAGAACUGGAAGUUCUGAAAGACAAGCGAGAUGUGAAUCUCUGUGCUACAAUGGCUCUUAUGUUGGCUCACAGAAAAUCGCAGACCAUGGGUAAAAUUUUUCUUUGUAUACACUUUGAUUAAGCUUCCAUUUUUGUCAGUUUGUCUGGGUAGAACCUUGUAACUUAAUUUUGACCCACAUCCUGAUGUUCAACUGAGCUAAAAAUUUGUUCACUUACACACCCCUGAUGACAUACAAACCUUCAUGAUCAGAUUUUAUUGAGCUAAUUUAAAUUUUACAAUUUUUUUCAUGAUUGUGGAAUGAAUGAAUUUACCACUGACCCAUGUGUGACGUCUGCAGGACAAAUCUUGCAUCUCCAUUGUGACCCACUUCCUGAUAUACCAAUUCAGCUGAAGCUUGUAAACUUUGACUAAAAAAGCACAAAAUAAAGCAAUAUAAAAUAAAUAUAAAUAAAACAAUAUAAAAUUUAAAAAAAAUAUUUGAAAAAGCAAACUUUUCCAAAAAUAUACUAGAGUUGUUAUAGUUUUAUGACUAAAAAAGUUCGUGCUGUCCAUUAGUUAUGUUACCUAUGGUUAAAUCUUGCAUCUCAAUUUUGAACCACAUCCUGAUCUCCAUUUAAGCAUAAACAAAUAAAAAUUAAGUUCAUGGGCACCCCACGCUUUUUUUAUCAUAAUUCUCUGAACAGUCUGAAGUUUUGGGGAACGUCUAUUUUAUAAAUUUUAGUACAUUUUUGGAAAAGAUCGUUUUUUAACUGUAUUUUUAAUGUUGUUUUAUUACUUUAUAAUAACUACAUUUUGGUGAUAUAUUGAGUUGGUAUCACAGUCCAUAGCUUAUAUCUCCAAUGGAUACUUGAUUAAACUAAUAUUAAAAAAUAUGCAGUUAAUUAAAUUUUCAAAUGAGAAGGAAUGACAAAUAUGUUAUUAUUUCUUUUAAACAACAGUGAAGUAAACAGAACUUAGCUGUGUAUAGGAAAUAAUUCCCCAUUUUUCAUCUUAAGUUAUUAAAAACUUGGUACUUAUAACAGUUUUUUUUAUGAAAGUUUCAAUAAGUUCUGAUUUUGGAAAGCAAUAUAAUAGACUAGGCAUUUAUGCCUUUUAACAUGAUAAAGGGUAUGUGGGUAAACAAAAAGAAGUCCAUUGUUAUACUAUAAAAUCACUGUCCUUUUCCUGGAAUGGCCUCUAUGGAGACAUGUUUCUCAAAAUGUAUUCCUAAAGUGGCUUUAACUAUUGCUGCACUUAGCCAAAGGGCUGUGUAAAUUUAACAUGUUUUCACAUUCAGUAACUUAUUUUGAAACCAUCUGUAAAUAAUUUUAUGUUAUUAACCUUUUUUUACACUUUGUGCUCGUGUGUGUAUGUGUGCAAUGAACAGACAGAGAAGCUGUGCAAGUUUUGGAUGCUAAACUGAAAGAAGAAAGAAAACAAGCAGGAGAGCUGGUGAGAUAUGUUGUACAGUUUAAAAUAUUAUUUCAUAUAGAUACAUCUGUUUGCUUUGUGUUUUAUAUUUAGUUGAAAAAAUAUGUUAAAAACCAAUGCUAUAAUUAUAAUAAAUUUAAUGAAUUUUACUAAAGGAGUAUCUUUAAAAGUGGGGAUAAUAUGGGAGCAAUUUCUUUAAAAAACAUAAUUAAAUAAUUAUGAUAGCAUUUUCUCUUUAAAUUUAUUGCUUUGGUGAUACUCAUCCUGAAUGGUCAAAUAUAAAGAUUUAACUGAGCCACCAUCAUGAAAUGAUAUACUUUCUCAUAGGGCCUUUAUUUUGCUGGACUAUUUUUGUUCAACACCGGCAAGUAUGAGAAAGCGAGGGAGUAUAUUGACAGAAUGUUGAAGAUGGCACCACAGAACCAAGAUGUAAGUAUGCAGACAUGAAUGGAUGUGUUAAUAGACUAAAAGGACAGAUGUGUCAUUUAGACUAAAAGGACAGAUGUGUCAUGAAGACUAAAAGGACAGAUGUGUCAUGUAGACUAAAAGGACAGAUGUGCCAUGGAGACUACUGCUACUGAAAGAUAGUCUUAUAGGAAAAAUCUAAGUAAUUAGGCUCUGGUCAAUGCUGCAAUAUAAUUAAUUCCUUCUGAUUAAUGAAGCUGAAAUUUUUAUGGAGCACUCAUGUUGUAAACCUAACUACACAUCAAGUUUUUUUUGUGUUUUUAAUUUUUUUUUUUAACAUUUGAAAAGUAAAAGAAACAGGUCAUAAGAAAUUAAAAUUUUAUUUUAUUUUGCAAAAAAAUUUGUUCUUUUUGUCAUCAUUUAAAAUCAUAAAACCGCUCAUUUUAUUGAAACCACAAUUUCCAGGUUUUGACUAAACAAUUGGUAUGCAUUUAUAUGUUUACAAUGUUGAAAGUUUUUAUAACUUUUAAAAUUAUUAAAUUUUUUUUAAUGAGUUGAAUUUUGUUAUUUUACUUAAUAACUUCUAUAAUUAUUUUCCCUGCAAAUCACUAGAUCCUUAACCUGUUUUAGAAGUUAAAUUCUGUACACCAAAAAAAAAAAUGUCUGUAUUGCCUAAUUUUGUUCAAAUCUAUCAAAUAUAGACUAUUUAAUUAACUCAUUGUUGUCUCUUUUUGCUGUGAACCAGUGUAUAACCAUUUACAGAUAGCUUUCAUUGAGACCUAGAAAGCUAUUUUCUUGAAUAAAUUUUAGAUUAUUUCUCUCAACAGACAUUCUCAUUAAAUAUUUUAUUAUUGUACAUGAGAUUUGUGAUGAACAAAGUCUUCAUUUAGAUAUGAACUAAAAUUGUGCAAAAAAAAGGACACAUCAAAUAUUCCUCUAUCUUUUCAUCAGGGACUCACAAUGAAAGGUUGGAUUGAAAUUAUGAGUGGUCGAGAAGCAAAGAGGGCUUUCAAGUUUUUUGAGGAGGCGCUUGCGUAAGUGGCAAAACUAUUUUUUUUAAAACAGAAUUUAAAAAAAAAUAACUUUUUAGAAAAAUAAAUAUAGACUCUACUGAUGUAAAAAUAAAGGGAAAUUGGAUUUAAGAGUUUUGAUUGUUUAAAAAUUAAUAUUAUGAUUCUUGUUUUUAAUAUAGUACUCAAUUUUUAUCAUUUCAAAUUAUUAAUCUCAGCUCUUUCUCCAUAAUGUUCACAGCAACGGUUCAAGAAAUGUGAACGCCCUUUUUGGCAAGGCCAAAUUUUUUGAGCUCAAACACAAUUACAGUGGGGCAUUAGAAGUAAUCAACCAGGUGGUGGUCAGUCAGCCCAAUUUUCUGCCAGCUUUUGUGGAAAAAAUGAAACUUCAGCUUGCUCUUCAAGACUGGGACCAGACCCUUGAAACUGCCCUGAGGUAAGUGUAUCUGUUCAUUGACCCCUCAACUUAGUCAUUGUUUUAGUUAUUCUAAUCUCCUUUUUCUCAUCUCCAUUCAGUGUUACCAACAAAGCUUUGGUUCUCUUCUCUAUUCAGUUUUACCAACAAGGUUUUGGUUCUUUUUUUAUCAUGUUUAAUGUGAAGCUCCAAUAAAGCCAUUCACUUAUAUUUGACCAUUCUAUUAAUGACAUUUUUGUUUAUGUUGUAUUCUUGUUUUUGUGUUUCAAUAAUUGAGACUUCAUGCAAUAUCUGGUACUUAUUGUGGUGAUAUAUCUACCAGUCAUGAGCUGAAACUCAACAGCUUCCAUCAAAGAUGUCUGCGUCACAUUUUAGGCAUUCAAUAGUAGGACAAGGAGCCUGACUUAGAGGUCUUGGAACGUGCAAAAAUGUGUAGCAUAUUCUCCGCUCUUAGCAAUAAUAAUAAUAACAAUAAUAUAGUUUAUUUGAAAAACACGCUUCAUCCCCAAAAGCUCGAAGCGCUGUACAAAGUCAACCAUAUUAAAAAGAGAAAUAAAAAUAAUCUAAAAUUUACCACAUUUAAAAACAGACGCAACAAUAUAAAGCUACAUACGAGCAUACCCAGUCAAAGUCUUUCAUCCCGUUUCAACCAUAAGCAACACAAGCCAAUAUACAUUAACUGAAAAAGAUGGUAGAUAGCUUCACCCCAGAAGGUGUUUGUGAAAUAGAUGUGUUUUUAAAUCGGUUUUAAAGGACUCCAGUGUCUGGCUGUUUCUGAGAGCGACUGGAAGUGCGUUCCAAAUUGUUGGGCCGGAAAAUGCAAAAGUGCGCUUUCCGUAAGUCUCAAGGCGAACACACAGUAUCAAUAUUUUGCCACUAUCGGAUGAGCGGAGCUCUCUAGUGGGUACAUGAGUGCUUUGAGAUAAGAUGGUGCCAGGUCAUGUAAGCAGCGGUAGCACAAAGUUGCAAUUUUGUACUCUAUGCUAGCGCGGACCGGCAGCCAGUGCAGCUCCCUCAGAAGUGUUUUAGCAUGGUCGAAUUUGCGUUUGCGAAGAACAAUGCGAGCUGCUUUAUUCUGUGCUCUUUGAAUUUUAUCCAGGAGCGUAGCUGGGAGACCCACCAUGAGAGCAUUGCAGUAGUCCAUGUGUGAUAACACAAAUGCAGACAUCAGCCUUCGCUGGUUAGGCAGUGUAAGGAGAAUGGAGGAAGGCCUUAUUUCAAAGAAGCUGCUGUAAGGAGAGUUGGCAGAAGGGACAAGACUUAUUGGACGAUAGCAGGUGCGAUUUUUGGACGCUUGCAAAAGGAGCAUGAGGGAAGCCAAGAUUGAAAUCAACGGAUGGGAGAUCAUUGCUGAACAACAAUGCAGCUUGCAAACAGCAGUUUAUGAUGGAGUAAAAACAGGCAGAAGACGAGUGAAACGAAGCCCUUAAAAAAAAAAGAACAAUACGGAAGGUCAAAGCUAACCAGGAGUCAAUAUUCUCCUUCGAGAAAUGCAACUGAGAUUACCAUUCCAACAUCGGUCUUGUGAGCCAUUUUUUGAAGUGUACAUAGCUACUCCAUUGUAUUGCAAAGAUGGAAGGAUGCCAUAUAUAUUGUGGUGACUGCCUUAUCCAUUUCCUGCGUUUUUGUUGCUCUGCUGUUUCGUUUUACCAAAGUUUUGUGCCAAUUUAGCACAUUAGGUUGGUCUCUUGUUUGCUAAUCACUUAUAUCUUCAACUUUUUUUUUUUUGUACCCUUCAAACAAGUAAAAUGGCUUGCUAUCUUUGUGCUGCUGUGUCUUAUCAAUCUCCAUUGUCAAGUAAUUUUGUAUUCCUUCUGUAGAAUUUUCUUCUUUUUUUUUGUUUUUUGUUUGUCAAUCCCUUGCUUUGUAUCUUAUAAAUCUUUUGAGAUCAGUUGCAUCAUAUUAUUUGUUUUAAGUAAAUACUCCAUAAGCCAUUAAAUAAACAACCGAAAUGCAACCCAUUUUCCAUUUUGUUUUAUUUAUUUUGUUGAUCUGAGUUCCAUGAUUAUCUGAUUAACUGACUUAAAUUGGCCAGUAUUUGGUUUUUGUUUCAGAGCAGAGAAAGUUGACAUUCACUGUGUUGAGGCCAUGGAGUACCAAAUAGUUCAUGCACUCUGUAGGGACGGCAACUAUGCAGAGGUAAAGAAGUUACGGUGGCGACUCAUCUUUGUCAUCAUUACCUGAAUAGAAUUCCCAAUUCUCCGUUUGAAAGUGUUACAGUGGUGCAUAUCAGUUUCAGCUUGCAUGUCUUCUUGGGGCAUUAAAUCCAUUCAUUAAUAUAAGUAAAAGCAUUGCAAAGAGAAUGAUCCUUAAUGGUAUUCUUUUUUCUUCUAAGCUUACUUGAUUUAGUCAAGAAAAUUGGAUCAAAAUUGUUGAGGUAAUGGUGUGUGUGUGUUGGGGGGGGGGAGGAGGAGACCCCCGGACAUGGGAGUUGGUGGGGGGGGGGAGGCACACAAAGAAACAUGUUUUUUCAGGUAUGUAUAUAACUAUUAUAACAUUUCUAGAGAGCGGGCACAAUGAACAUAACAUGUCACAUGAGGGGGCACUACAAACAUAACAUCACAUUAGGGGGCACAAACAUAACAUGUCACAUGGGGGGGGCACAAACAAACAUAACAUGUCACGUCAAGGGGAGCACAAAAAAACAAACAUAACAUGUCACAUGGGGGGGGGGCACAAACAAACAUAACAUGUCACAUCAAGGGGAGCACAAACAAACAAACAUAACAUGUCACAUCAACUUUUUUUUACCUUCACCCAGGCAGCUUCCAAGAUAGCAGAUCUGAUUACCUCCCUUGACAGAGUUGAAUCUCAAAGUGGCCAGUUGUACCUGCAUAUGGCACAAGUCUUUUCGAAACUGGUGGGUCCAUCUUAAUAAAUUUAUUAAAUUGUCUAAAAUCUCUGAUACUCACAUUUUCAGAGUGACAGACUGGCAGGAAUUAAACCCUAUUGCGUCUGUGACACAGGGUCUCCAUUUCUUACUUUUCCGUCUAACUCAAUGUUAGAAGAAUGACUGUGAUUCACUGACUCCUGGUUGUUGUUUUUUUAUAUCAUGGGGGCCUACUGUCUGGAAAAGGUUGUGAACCACUUUUAGGAGACAUUUUAUGUUUCAUGACAGGUUUAAUGAUAAAUAAAAAAAUAAUGGAAUUUUAAAAUCUAUUUAUAUCCUGAUCAAUGCUUUAAAACUGUUGAGACUUGUAACAUUCUUCUUUAAAAGAACUAGAAUUCCUUUAUUGUAGUGAAAGUAAUAUUACAAUACAAACAUAUAACGUAUGAACUAACCAUGUAAUGAUCAGGUGUAAUGUAGUCUCUUUGAUGGCUAAUGAUUCUCAAUUAAAUACCGAUGUCCCGUAGCACAUCAUUAUACAUUGUCAUCGUUUCACUUCUGAUUAAAUAAGAUUUGAUUCUAGGUUGAAGCAAUCUGUGCCCAUCCCUUUUUAUGGUUAUUAUUUUAAGUUUUUGGUAUUUUUUCCAACAAAAAUUAUUAUUUUAAAAUUUUGGCACAACUUAAAUUAAAUUGUAGAAUAUUGACACACAAUUUUUGUUUAAAUGUCAUAAAAUGUAAGAAAAAUAAUAUAUAGUUAUUUAUGUAAUUUUGCUGGAUCUUAUUUAGUAGCACUACAACCUCUACAAAUUAAAUAUCCAUGCCUCUCUUUGUUUGUUAGUGUGGCAGGAACCACCUGGUCCUACAGCAGACUCAAGUCUUGAUAGAGAGAGCUGUGUCACUGGACGGCAACAAUGCAGACUUUGUCAAUGAGAUGGGUUAUCAGCUGAUGAUGCAAGGAAAGGUAAUGAUGGCAAGACUCAAGCACACCUCUCUUGGUGUGAGCGCAUCUCCUAAAGGGUUUGAAUGAAUCUGUUUUUUUAGAUUCUACUGUUUUGGCUGAUCUGCAAACAUUUUGUGUAAUUAUUCAGAUUCCCUUUGAGUGAUUGACAAAUAGUAGAUUUAGGAGGGGUCAGACAAAAAUCUCCACUCAAAACACUGCCACUUUGCUUAGUAUAUACACAGUAUUGGGACUUAGGGAAAACUAGCCAAUGAGAAAAGAGCAAGGACGGAAACAAAAACGCAGUUUGAAUGAUCAGCAGUUGAUCCCCAUUAUUUAUGUAAGAAGAUUGAACAGAAAACGUUUAUGUUUAAAUGAAGAUUUAUAGUGUGAUAACACUCACUUCUACAGAGAAGCUAGUAUUGAAAUACUUAUGAUACAUUCCAAGUGUCUUCGGAUUUUAUGUUUUCGGCAUGAGAUAUAGACGUAUUUCAUAUUGACUAUUAUUAUUAUUAUUGUGAUCGUCACCGUGUGUAAUAAAGUAUUAGUCGCCAUCAUUUGAACCACUACGCCUCUGUUAUAAUUCAUAAGACAUUGUGAUUGUGACACAGGAGGACAAUAGAUUUUUGGUACACUCUGCUUAGGUAGUUUACAUUUAUCUUCAUUUGUGUGGCCAGGUGAAAGAAGCCAUGAAAUGCCACAGAAAUGCCAUGCAGCUGGAUGAAACAAGUGUUUUAGCUCUAACUGGCAUCAUCAGCUGUCAGCUCCUGCAGGGCCACAUUGACGAGGCUGCUCAGCAGCUGGAGUUUCUCAAUGAGAUUCAGCAAUCUAUUGGACGUUCAGCCGUAAGAAUGCUUUGAAAAUAUUUUAAAAAAUGGAUAGUUUGUAUGACCAAAAAUAAAUUAUUUCCACAUCAGAGAGCAAUUCCUCAUCGAUUUAAUUUUCUGAGUGUAGUGGAUUAAUGAAAAGGAUUUAUGCCUACAUUUUUGUAUUGAUACAUCUAGGAACUGGCAUACCUCUCCGCUGUUUUGGCCAUGAAGAAAGGAAAAGGACCAGAUAAAGCUAUGGAAUUAUUAAAUGAGGCAAUAGAACUGCACUUUGCUGGACUCAAGGUAAUUUCUAGUUAAAUGUUUCAAAACUUUGAUGAUUGCAGGAAAAACUUCUUUAAAAAAAGUGUUCGGAUGAUUGCUUUAUGUCACUUAAAAACCUGAGCGUGUUAUCAAUAAUUGCUUUUCAUGUUGAUUUUUAAAAAACUAUAUCACCUUUAUGAAAAUGCGGUUUUGUGACAAAUUCAGUUCAUCAGCUGUAUUACUUUCAUUAAAUAAUAGUUACAAGAAUUUAUGUAAUUCUUGUUUAAAAAUUUAUGUAAUUCUUGUUUAAGAAUUUAUGUAUUUCUUGUUUCAGAAUUUAUGUAAUUCUUGUUUAAGAAUUUAUGUAAUUCUUGUUUAAGAAUUUAUGUAAUUCCUGUUUAAGAAUUUAUGUAAUUCUUGUUUUAGAAUUUAUGUAAUUCUUGUUUAAGAAUUUAUGUAAUUCUUGUUUAAGAAUUUAUGUAAUUGAUAAUUAAGAAUUUAUGUAAUUCUUGUUUAAGAAUUUAUGUAAUUCUUGUUUCAGAAUUUAUGUAAUUCUUGUUUAAGAAUUUAUGUAAUUCUUGUUUAAGAAUUUAUGUAAUUCCUGUUUAAGAAUUUAUGUAAUUCUUGUUUUAGAAUUUAUGUAAUUCUUGUUUAAGAAUUUAUGUAAUUCUUGUUUAAGAAUUUAUGUAAUUGAUAAUUAAGAAUUUAUGUAAUUCUUGUUUAAGAAUUUAUGUAAUUCUUGUUUAAGAAUUUAUGUAAUUCUUGUUUAAGAAUUUAUGUAAUUCUUGUUUAAGAAUUUAUGUAAUUCUUGUUUAAGAAUUUAUGUGAUUCCUGUUUAAGAAUUUAUGUAAUUGAUAAUUAAGAAUUUAUUUAAAUCCUCUUUAAGAAUUUAUGUAAAUCUUGUUUAAGAAUUUAUGUAAAUCUUGUUUCAGAAUUUAUGUAAUUCCUGUUUAAGAAUUUAUGUAAUUCGUGUUUAAGGAAUUAUGUAAUUCUUGUUUCAGAUUUUAUGUAAUUGGUGUUUAAGAAUUUAUGUAAUUCUUGUUUAAGAAUUUAUGUAAUUCGUGUUUAAGAAUUUAUUUAAUUCUUUUUUAAGAAUUUAUGUUAUUCUUGUUUAAGAAUUUAUGUAAUUCUUGUUUAAGAAUUUAUGUAAUUUAUAAUUAAGAAUUUAUGUAAUUCCUGUUUAAGAAUUUAUGUAAUUCUUGUUUAAGAAUUUAUGUAAUUCUUGUUUAAGAAUUUAUGUAAUUCUUGUUUAAGAAUUUAUGUAAAUCUUGUUUAAGAAUUUAUGUAAUUCUUGUUUAAGAAUUUAUGUAAUUCUUGUUGCAGAAUUUAUGUAAUUCCUGUUUAAGAAUUUAUGUAAUUCUUAUUUAAGAUGUAAUUCCUAUUUAAGAAUUCAUGUAAUUCCUGUUUGAGAAUUUAUGUAAUUCUUGUUUUAAAAGCCUCAGACAAUGGCGUAACUGAUGCAAGGUGGAUAAUAUGUUUGGAUGUGUUUGUAUGCUGGAUGAGAUUUCCUCAACAAUAAAAAAAAAAACACACUUUACUUUAUAUUUUAUAGAGUUUCAAAUUUAAAUUUUGACAAUCCUAUUUAGUCAUUAAUUAUUAGACCAAUCUACUGUUAACAAACAUCCUAUUUUCAAAAGAGAAACUUUUGAAAUGAAACGUUUAUUUCUCAUAUUUUUCUGAAUGGUAGAAAUGUCCAAUAUAUUUAAUUAUGCCUAUAUUCUCAGUCGACACCCCUCCCCCCCUCAUUUUUGUCCAGUCCAUAUUAAUAUAAUAAUUACGUUUUCUGGCCCAGUCAAGUUUAUGUGAUUUAUGUUUUGUUUCAUAUUGUCUGCUUACUGUAUCUUUGAAUGUCUUUUUUUAAACCAGGGUCUGCCACUGGGCAUCAACUACUACUGUAAACUCAACCCUGACUUCCUGCUCCAGGUCAUCAAAGAUUAUCUACAGUUUGGUCCCCAAGUGGUGAGCUUGUUCAACUGUUCCAGAAUGCUGUUGUAGCUCAUGAAAUGAUGUCGGUGUCAUGAACAAUCGUCAUUAUCUGUGGACAUGAAAUAUUAUUGGUGUCAUAAUGAAUCAUCAUCAUCUGUGUUCAUGAAGUUAUUAUUAAUUGUAAUGCAUUCAGCUUAAUAAAAUAUUUCUCCCAAAUUUAUGAUAGGCAAAUUUGUUAAAAAAACUGCUCUACAGUUUAAGGAAUGUUUUUUAUGGACCUUUAUGAACAUUUAACUUGUUCUAACUUUCAGCCAGGUGCUAUAAUCUCAUACUUAUAUUGUUAUCUCCAAUUGUUGGAAAAUGUGUUGCAAUAAUCUUAUACUUAAAUCGUUAUCGCCAAUUGUUGGUAAAUAUGUGCAGAGGCUGAAUUCUGCAAGAAAUGUUUAAAGCAAAUGAAAAAAAAAAUUUAGAAUUGAAUAAAAAUAAACCAAAAGGAAAAAACCCACAUGUUACUCUUCAUGCUGUGACUUAUUCCUUAAUCUUUAACAGGAAGUUAUAAUGGAAAAUUGCUUCUUUACUUUCUUAGCCUGUAAGUUCUGGCCAACCCAUAAGCCCGGUGCUCAAGCGAUGCCAUCAAGUUCUUGACCCACUGACCAGGGCUGUGCCAGGUUUAAUGGACGGUCUUUUUUUGAUAGCCAAAGUCAAAUUUCUUGCAGGUAAAAAAGGCUUAAAAAUGUUUAUGUUUUCUGUGGUGAUUUACUAGCUGAAACAAGAAAUGUUAUCUUUCUGAGAGCAAAAUCUGCGAGAGUGUUUAAGGAAAUAUAUGGUGGUGUUUAAGUGAGAUAAUUAAUAUUUAGUGCGUAAAAAAUUUAAUUUUUUUAGUCUGUAUGCUUCCAUGGGCCCACGUUCUGGAACCAGCUCCCCUUCCAUAUACGUCAUAGUGAAACCUCGUCCAUUUUCAAAAAGUCCCUUAAAACUCAUCUGUUUAGGUCCGCCUAUGACCUGUGAUGCACCCUCCUUGCCCUACCUCAUUUUCUGUUUCGGGUUGAUCCUGAAGUGUCAAAGUGUCCUCGUUUGAUAGCCAUUUUCAUUGUUUCUAUAGAAUAGUAGUUACUAUCCUAGUGUCUCAUUUGUAUUUACUUAGUUUACAUGUUUUAAUAAUUGUAAAGCGCUUAGAGCUUUAUGAUAAGCGCUAUAUUAAAAAUGCCUAAAUAAAUAAAUAAAUAAAUAAAAUGAACAUGUUAUAUGAGUUAUUAAGCUCAAUCAGAAAAACCUUGCGAAGUUUUUCAUUGAAAGUUUUUUUAGAAAGCAUUCAUACAGUCAAACAUAUUUGGUAUACUCAUGUCAUCUAUAACAUGAGAUAAAAUCUGUAAAUAUAAGAGACAUGGCCUUUCUAGCCUGAGAGCCUUCCAAAUCUGAGAGCCUUCCAAAUCCUAGAGCCUCCCAAAUCUGAGAGCCUUCCAAAUCGGAGAGCCUUCCAAUUCUGAGAGCCUUCCAAAUCCUAGAGCCUCCCAAAUCUGAGAGCCUUCCAAAUCGGAGAGCCUUCCAAUUCUAAGAGCCUUCCAAAUCUGAGAGCCUUCCAAUUCUGAGAGCCUUCCAAAUCUGAGAGCCUUCCAAUUCUAAGAGCCUUCCAAAUCUGAGAGCCUUCCAAUUCUAAGAGCCUUCCAAUUCUAAGAGCCUUCCAAGUCUGGAGCCUUUUAGGUCUAAGAAAGUAAAGUUCAUUCCCUAAAUCAGAGCCACUACCCCUAAUGUGAAUGUAGCUUUAGUCAUCUCUGUGUCCAGGUGAUGUGACUGCUGCACAGAGCACACUUCAGCAUUGCCUGGACCAAGACGCCACUUUCUCCGAUGCUCAUAUUUUAAUGGCCCAGAUACAUCUCAGCCAGAAUAAUUUCAAGAUGGCCAACCAGUCUCUGGAAGUUGGACUCAGCUACAAUUUUCAGGUAGGAAAUAUUUGAAAUUAUUGAAACAGCCAUGAAGUAAUAUAAUCCGGUUGUAUUAUCAUGUCUGGAGUAAGUAUAUUGGAAAAAUCUGAUUGGACCCUGUCUUUGGUUUGUAUUACGCAGAACUAUGUCCUCAUUUGUCCCAAUUCUUUCUGAAACCAUCUCCACCUUGUCAUCAGAUCUGUGUUGCCAGCUUUUACUUGAAUUUUUUCCAGGUUCGUGACCACCCAUUGUAUCACCUCAUACUGGCCAGGAUAUUGAAAAAACAAGGAAACAUGGCGGACGCUAUCAAAACUUUGCAGAUGGCUAUGGCACUUCCAGGGGUGAAAAAAACUGGUUCGUAUUUUAUUUACUGUCAGUUUUCACUCUGCCAACUCAGGGUCCUUUAAAAUCUUGUUACACAAACUUCUUUCCUUCUAUUUCAUUCAGUUGUUCAAGUAAGUUGAUUAGAGGCGUCCAGAUAAAACUUUCACUGGAGUUAGCAGUUAUGUGUUUAACCAGUUGUAGCAGCUCACAUUAGAAAGACUAUUUUAGCAUUUCUCAAACAUCACCCUACUUUAUGUUAUUUUUACUGAUGAAAUUUUCCUAUUUUAAGGUGCCAGGGUUGACUCUGCCAAAAAAUCUAAAGUAGAAAACAUUGGUGUCAACGACCGGGUUUCUGUUUUCUUGGAGCUUGCUGAAGCACAUCGGUUGCAGAAUGAGCAGGUAAACUGUCACACUGACUUGAUUAAGUGCAGGUAAACUGUCAAACUGGCUUUAGUAUGUGCAUGUAAACUGUCACCCUGAUUUUAGUAUGUGCUUGUAAACUGUCACCCUGACUUUAGUAUGUGCUUGUAAACUGUCAAACUGGGUUUAGUAUGUGUUGGUAAACUGUCAAACUGGCUUUAGUAUGUGCAGGUAAACUGUCAAACUGGCUUUAGAAUUAGCAAUUAACAGCUUAAAAUAAGAUACUAGAAGAUAGUUAAUUUUGUUUCGACAUGAUAUAAAAUUUGUUAGCAUCUUAUUAUCUCCUAUGUAUCUGCCAUGUUAGCAUGAAGCUGCCAAGGUUAUGCAGGACGCCAUCAAUGAGUUCCAAGGAACUCCUGAGGAGGUACGCAUCCUUAUCGCCAAUGCUGAUCUAUCUCUGGCCAGAGGAGAUGUUGAGAUGGCCCUUGGCAUGCUGAGAAACAUCACACCCGAUCAGCCCUAUUUUGUUGAGGCACGUGAGAAAAUGGCAGACAUUUAUUUGAAUCACCGAAAGGACAAAAAACUGUAUGCCAGCUGCUAUCGGUAAGAUGCUGCAAUGAAUUUUUAGUACUUUUUUUAAUUGGUGGUCAUUUAGAAUUCUAAAUAUUUUUAGUGUUGAAAACUUGAUGUUGAUAAACUGUUUCUUCACAUUGUGUAUGGCAUCAUAACAAAUCAAACGGGAUGUACAUCUCAAAAAAUUUAUUUUAAUAUUUAAUUUAUAAAUUGAAACCAACUUAGAUGCAAAAGAUGACCUGCUCCUAACACAUGUAUUCUCCUACUGCCGAUGCAAAACAACAAACCAUAUCAUUUCUCAAACACAAAAACGUCAUCAUGCGAAAACCACAUAGUAACAGUUGUGCAAUAAACCUCAACACCAAAACCCACUCAGUAAACCAACAAGUAUUCCAAAACAUCAAACCCACUCAGUAAACUAACAAGUAUUCCAAAACAUCAAACCCACUCAGUAAACAAACAAGUAUUCCAAAACAUCAAACCCACUCAGUAAACCAACAAGUAUUCCAAAACAUCAAACACACUCAGUAAACCAACAAGUAUUCCAAAACAUCAAACACACUCAGUAAACCAACAAGUAUUCCAAAACAUCAAACCCACUCAGUAAACCAACAAGUAUUCCAAAACAUCAAACCCACUCAGUAAACCAACAAGUAUUCCAAAACAUCAAACCCACUCAGUAAACCAACAAGUAUUCCAAAACAUCAAACCCACUCAGUAAACAAACAAGUAUUCCAAAACAUCAAACCCACUCAGUAAACCAACAAGUAUUCCAAAACAUCAAACACACUCACAAAGAAACACCGUUAACAGUUUGCUAAUUAAACUGUUUUCUUAAUGCUGUUAUACAUCAUCCUUUCUUGUGAUCAGUGAACUUGUUGACAAACACCCCAGCACCCAAACAUCUCUUCUGCUGGGAGACGCUUACAUGAGUAUUCAAGAGGUGAGUCAGUAUAAUGGACAGUACUGAUAUGCUUAUCCAUGACAUGAGUGCUUUUCUAUGACAGGAUUGCUUUUCUGUGAGAUGAUUGCUUAUCUAUGACAUGAUUGCUUUUCUGUGACAUGAUUGCUUAUCUAUGACAUGAUUGCUUUUCUAUGACAUGAUUGCUUUUCUGUGACAUGAUUGCUUUUUCUGUGACAUCAUUGCUUAUCUAUGACAUGAUUGCUUAUCUGUGACAUGAUUGCUUUUCUGUGACAUGUUUGCCUAUCUAUGACAUAAUUGCUUUUCUGUGACAUGAUUUCUUAUCUAUGACAUGAUUGCUUUUCUGUGACAUGAUUGCUUUUCUGUGACAUGAUUGCUUAUCUGUGACAUGAUUGCUCAUCUAUGACAUGAUUGCUUUUUUGUGACAUGAUUACUUUUCUGUGACAUGAUUGCUUAUCUAUGACAUGAUUGCUUUUCUGUGACAUGAUUGCUUAUCUAUGACAUGAUUGCUUUUCUGUGACAUGAUUGCUUAUCUAUGACAUGAUUGCUUUUCUGUGACAUGAUUGCUUAUCUGUGACAUGAUUGCUUUUCUGUGACAUGAUUGCUUUUCUGUGACAUGAUUGCUUAUCUGUGGCAUGAUUGCUCAUCUAUGACAUGAUUGCUUUUCUAUGACAUUGCUUUUCUGUGACAUGAUUGCUUUUCUGUGACAUGAUUGCUUAUCUAUGACAUGAUUGAUUUUCUGUGACAUGAUUGCUUAUCUAUGACAUGAUUGCUUUUUCUGUGACAUGAUUGCUUAUCUAUGACAUGAUUGCUUAUCUGUGAAAUGAUUGCUUUUCUGUGACAUGAUUGCUUAUCUAUGACAUGAUUGCUUUUCUAUGACAUGAUUGCUUUUUCUGUGACAUGAUUGCUUAUCUAUGACAUGAUUGCUUAUCUGUGACAUGAUUGCUUUUCUGUGACAUGAUUGCUUAUCUGUGACAUGAUUGCUUUUCUGUGACAUGAUUGCUUAUCUGUGACAUGAUUGCUCAUCUAUGACAUGAUUGCUUUUCUGUGACAUGAUUGCUUAUCUGUGACAUGAUUGCUCAUCUAUGACAUGAUUGCUUUUCUGUGACAUGAUUGCUUAUCUGUGACAUGAUUGCUCAUCUAUGACAUGAUUGGCUGCUCUGUGAUGAGGCUGUAACUUUGUGACUUAAGGGAUUUUAAAAAAAAAGGUCAUCAUCAGCCACAGCUUUUUGUUUUGUUUUGUUUCUUGGAUUGAGUUUAAAAAUAAAACUGCUAUUUUUUAAUAAAAAAAAUUGAAGCCUCUUAAAAUAGACAGUGAUGUAAUUUAGUGUGUCCUUGAUUCACCAGCCUGACAAAGCCAUUGAAGUUUAUGAAUCUGCCCUUAAACUGAACCCCAAAGAUGCAGCUCUGGCUAAAAGGAUUGGCCAGGCCCUUGUCAAAACUCAUAACUAUGGAAAGGUAACUUGUGGAAAUUUUUGCUUAUUCUAAGCUCGUUUUUGAGCUAAGUGUUUUAUACAAACUCUUUGGUGAUUUGAGACGUUGUAGACUGGCCAGGAAAAAAUAUUUGAUUUAGUCGUUAUAAUGAUAAUGAAGUACACACUUAAUACAAAACUAGUGGCAUGAUCUCUUGACAGCCUUGAAGAAAUUUUUUAAUCAUUUUAUUUUGUGAAUGAAAUAUUAAAAAUAAAGUGAAAAUUGAAAUUCUGCAAUGAUUAUUUAUUGAGGCCUUAAACCAGGGGUUCGGGAACCUUUUUGUCUGAGAGAGCUAUAGACACCACAUAUUUUGAAAAGUGAUUCUGUGAGAGCCAUACAUUAUGUUUAAAACUAAAAAUUCAAGAAAAUGUUUGCAUUUUGUGUAAUUUCAACACUAAAGAUGCAAUGAUUAUGUCUCUGAAAUCUAUUUAAUAACAUUGUUAUGCUGUUGCUAAUCAAUAAUCAGUAUUUCUUUCCAUUAAUGCGGCAUUUUUUUAUGAUCGAACAUUUGUCUGCGAGCUAGAUGCGGCCAUCAAUAGAGCCACAUCUGGCUCAUGAGCCAUAGGUUCCCGACCCCUGCCUUAAACGAACAAAUAACUUAUAAUCAUUCAUAUUAGGAAUAAAAAAACACAGAUAUUCCUUUGGAAACUUUUUUAUCAACAAGCUAAUUUUUACCCAUGUCAGCAUCCAAAUUAAGUCCAAUUAUCCCAAACUUGGGGGCAGAACCUCCCGCGCGCCCCCCCCCCCCCAUUCAUCUGCCUUAAUGCCCUGCGAUGACGUAUUGACCGAGCCACCCACCUGACUAAAAGAUAUAUUUGAGGCCAUUACUUUUCAGGGUUUUUAUAAGAAUAAAAAAACACAGAUAUUCCUUUGGAAACUUUUUUUACCAAAAGCUAAUUUUUACCCCUGUCAGCAUCCAAAUUAAGUCCAAUUUUCCCAAACUUGGGGGCAAAACCUCCCCCGCGCCCCCCCCCCCCCAUUCAUCUGCAUUAAUGUCCUGCGAUGACGUAUUGACUGAGCCACCCACCUGACUAAAAGAUAUAUUUGAGGCCAUUACUUUUCAGGGUUUUUUCUGUUAUUAGAUAAUUUCAAUAUCAUUGAAAACUGACCAGCAGUAAAAUAAGGAGUGAAUGACUGACAAUAUGUGUUUUUAUUUAAGCCAUCAACUAUUACAAAGUGUCUCUGAUUUGUUUAUUUGGGCCAUCGACCAUUAUGAAGUUUCUCUGAUCUUUUUAUUUAGGCCAUCAACUAUUACGAAGUGUCUCUGAAGUCAGGAGGCCAGGCGAUGCUAAGGCAAGUUCCUUCUAAAUUUUCUUUAAAUUUUCUUGUAAAAAUAAAUUUGUUUUGUUAAAAUUCAACAAAAUAUCUCUUGAUAAAAAAAAUAUUAUGCUCCCCAAAAUUCGAUGAAAUGAAAUCGUCAUUGUAGAUAUGACUUGGCUGAACUUCUUCUGAAGCUGCGACAGUUUGACAAGGCGGAGAAAGUUCUCAAACAAGCUCUGGAACAAGACGGUCAAGGUAAACCAUUCAGCACUUUAAGCAACAGAUAUCAAUGUUGUCAUUACAACAUCCUCCUAGUUAAGCUGACAUUAUAUGCCUACAAGAUACCUGAAUGCCAAGUUUUCUCUGUUAAACUUCUUACAUGUUUACUACACAUGCAAAGGGAAUACACUGGCUCCAUUUUAUCAAUACUUUUUAAAAAAAUGUAUAAAGUUUGGUUAUUAGUUUAAUUCUUCGCGUACGAGAUUAUUUAACUAUAAAUUAAAUCAAUUAUUUAAAUAUAAUAAUAAUAAUUAUUUAUAUGCGCCAACAGGACACAGAUCAUACAUCUAGUUAAUUAUAUGUGCUAACAGGAUACAGAUCAGACAUCUAGUUAAUUAUAUGCGCCAACAGGACACAGAUCAUACAUCUAGUUAAUUAUAUGUGCUAACAGAAUACAGAUCAUACAUCUAGUUAAUUAUAUGCGCCAACAGGACACAGAUCAUACAUCUAGUUAAUUAUAUGUGCUAACAGGAUACAGAUCAUACAUCUAGUUAAUUAUAUGUGCUAACAGGAUACAUAUCAUACAUCUAGUUAAUUAUAUGUGCUAACAGGAUACAGAUCAUACAUCUAGUUAAUUAUAUGUGCUAACAUGACACAGAUCAUACAUCUAGUUAAUUAUAUGUGCUAACAGGAUACAGAUCAUACAUCUAGUUAAUUAUAAGCACCAACAGGACACAGAUCAUACAUCUAGUUAAUUAUAUGUGCUAACAUGACACAGAUCAUACAUCCACCAUUUUUUUUCCCUGUCAUUACUAACUGUCAUGUGUAAAAAAAAUAGAUCUGGAAACCAUGAUGGAACACACACGCUACUUGAUGCUGCUGGCCAAAGUCCACACACAAGUGGAGAAACUGGAUGAGUCUCAGAGCAUUUUACAGCGUGCCAGAGACAUGCAGGCAAGGUCAGUGAAAAUGGCAGUGAGUUAUUUAAAUAGUUAAACUUAAUAUUGUUUGGCUCAACUGCUGAAUCCAUGAAAAAAAAAAUAUAUAUAUAUAAUUAAGUGAUGGAAGGUUUACUUAACACAAAGCAAUAGACAAAAGUACAAUUUCAAUGAGCAUCAUAUAUUAGACUGUGGCAGACUCACUGUCAGAGCACAAUCCUCAGAGAAUAAGUGCACCACUCUCGCCCAAAGAAAGCACACUGCAAGGUAAAGCAGAAAACUACUCAAAUGAGUACGCAGGUGGCUGGCCAGUCCCAUCUGUGCCUGGAAUGCUUACCAGGCACAGAUAGGACUGGCCGGCCACGUGCCUACUCAUCGUGUAAUAUAGCCUUUGUCAUCUUCGUAUGCGACAGACGAACAACAACAAAACAGCAACAUCAUAAUAGACAAUGGACUUAAGCAGGGUUAUUAGUUUUAGCUAUGAACCUAGUAGACAAUGGCCUUAAGCAGGGUUAUUAGUUUUAGCUAUGAACCUAGUAGACAAUGGACUUAAGCAGGGUUAUUAGUUUUAGCUAUGAAUCUAGUAGACAAUAGACUUAAGCAGGGUUAUUAGUUUUAGCUAUGAACAUAGUAGACAAUGUACUUAAGCAGGGUUAUUAGUUUUAGCUAUGAACCUAGUAGACCAUGGCCUUAAGUAGGGUUAUUAGUUUUAGCUAUGAACCUAGUAGACCAUGGCCUUAAGCAGGGUUAUUAGUUUUAGCUAUGAACCUAGUAGACCAUGGCCUUAAAUCAUUUGAAGGGUUCAAGGGAAAAACCAGUUAUGUCAGUUUUUAGAAAUUUCUAUGUUAUCUCCUUUGUGGCUACAUUCAAUUUAAUAGAAUAAUAUGAUACAUAGGUCCAACUGAAAAAGCAGCGUGGUCAAUAAAUAAAUACGUAGACAUCUUGAUAUUUUAUACUUUUAUUAGGAAUUUUCAAACUUUAAAUUCAAUUUUCUCAAAACUCUCAAAACCUGACAUCACUGGUUUUUCCCUUGAGCCCUUCAUUUGGUUUUUAGUUUUAGUUGUGAACAUUAUUCUUGUGCAUCACUGUCAUUAUUUUUCACAUUGCUAACAACUAUUGUUGUUGGGAUAGCUUCAGUUUCUGUUUUAUCCGCUAAGUCAGGUUCAUUAUAUUUGAUUCAGUGUAGUGUCUCUUAAUGAGAACAACUUGCUUCUGACCUUUUGUUGUAGAGUAUUAAAGAGAGUGCAAGUGGAGCAACCAGAUGCCAUUCAUGACCAAAAGGAACUUGCGGCCAGGUAAUAUUACAAUUUCAUAAACCACCAGUUUUAGAGUUGUUGAGACUGACCUUUUGAAGAAGGCAACUGUUUUAAUAGGAGAAACUUACAUCAAAUUUUAGGAGGUGCAAUGCAAAAAUUUUGCAAUAUUAUAGGUAUAAGAGGGUUAGACUGCGAUUAAGCUUUUAAGUGCAUUAAUGAGACACCAACAAUUUGUUUAAAUAAAACAGUGGAUGUAAGCUUUAAUUAUAAUGUGCAUUUUUAAUUGUUUGGGUCUCAUUAACCUGCAAAAUUAUAGAAAUUAUUUUAUUUUUCAAAUAAGCUUUAAGUGGAAUUUGACUGUUUUGUAAUAAUUGAUUAUUCCUGUUACAACAAAUGUUGAGUAGGUAUCAAACUAGCCCUAAAAAAACUAAUUGCCUUACUUUAAAUGCCCUACUUUAAUUGCCCUACUUUUCCUAUUUUGUUUAUUGUAUAGUUACUUUAUAUAUAUAUUUUUUUUCUGUAUAGGCCUACUUUAAACUCUUAGAAAACUCCUUAUGUAUGUUUUAAAGUAAGUUUAAAUUGCAGUGGAGAGUUAUGUUUCCCUGGCUGGAAUAAAUGGGACAGCUGUGAGUUUAUUUCAUUCUGUGUUGUCAUCAUAUGAGUCAUGUAAUAUCUGUGAUGAAACCAUUCCUUUCUUGUGCACAGCAUUUGCAGUCAGCUGGCGGAUCAUGCUGCCAACCAAAGAGACACAGAUACAGCCAUCAAGUUUUACAAGGAGGCGUUGGUCUACAGUGAAAAUGACAGCAAAGUAAGUUGGUACUCUCCUUGCUAGUAAAGUGACAGAAUUAUCUUUCCAUUUCACAAUCUAGCUGACAUUUCUUUUGAAUGUUUCUUUUUGGAAAAGUGUGUUUUUAUUUGUAACUUAUCUCAUGUUUCUCUUCUCAGAGAAGCCUGGACCUGGCAGGGCUGUACCUGAUGUCAGAAGACCUGGAUGCAUGUCAGCACCAGUUGAUGACACUCUUAAAAAAUGACAGUGACAACGACAGUGCAACAAUUGUAAGUUUGGACAAUUAAAAAAUGAUGCCUAAAGGGUAUUGAAAGUGGCAAGUUUAAAUACUUCUGUAAUUAAAACAAAUUGCUUUGACUUUAACUGUGCCACAAUUUUAACAGCUUAAAUAAUGACACAAGUAUAUAUUAACUAUUAGAAUGACAUCAUCUAUAGGAAGAGAAAUAAUUUGAUGCUUUCCGAGCAGUGCCGAGAAAAAGAGGUGCCUGGGGCAAGGCCUGAAAACGGUGCCCACCAUUUUUUAGAAAAAAAGUACAAGUACCGCCAGCAUUUUGUUCAUUUAAUCACUGUAAAGCUCCUAUCUAAAGAUGAUGUUGGCGCCCCCCCCCCUUUUUUGGCACCUGGGGCUAUCACCCCCUUACUGGGGCAAGGGCUGAAAACGGUGCCCCCCAAUUUUUAGAAAAAAAGUACAAGUGCCGCCAGCCUUUUGUUCAUUUAACCCCUGUAAAGCUCCUAUCUAAAGAUGAUGUUGGCGCCCCCCCCCCCCUUUUUUGGCACCUGGGGCUAUCACCCCCUUUGCACAGCCCUGGAUGCAUGGGCAACAACAGGCCAACAUAAUUUUUUGACGAGCUGUAUACAAAAUCCUUACAUUUGAUUGUUUGAAAUAAGUGGCUACAUUACAUUUGAACAAAAUUAAACUGAGAUGGAAACCCAGCCCAAGUGUUACAUUCCUCUUAUCACUAUUCACAGAUGCUGGCUGAUUUGAUGUUUCGUAGAAAUGAGUAUGACUCAGCAAUGUACCACUUCCGGCAGCUGUUGAACACCAAACCAGGUUGGAGAUUUUACAACCAGUAAUAUUAUUAAACAUAAACUUGUGUGCUUUUCAAAUUUUGCAUUAGUUAAAUAGGUUACAUUUUUUUUUUGAGUAUUUCAAUUAAUUUAUGUAUAAAAGCUUUAAAUGUGUUAAAAAUGUCUUAAAUAUAUCUAAGAAAACAUGUGUAUUGCUAUCUAUUAAAAUAUUUCUGACAUGAUUAAAUAAAAUAAUCCUGAAGGAAGGAAGAUCUUUGCACACUAACUAUAACAUGCAAGGUGUUUAUUUAUGUACACGCAGACAACUACGAAGCUCUGGCCAGACUGGUUGAUCUCAUGAGGCGUGCCGGCAAGUUGGAUGAAGUCCCAAAGUUUCUAGAUGAGGCUAAAAGUGCAUCCUCCAGGGCUUCCUUGGAAGCUGGCUUUUCCUACUGUAAAGGACUAUAUGAAUGGUACAGAUUAGAUAUCUAUAAAUCUAUGCGUGUCUCUGUAGAGACGUAAUAUACAUUUCCUAAUGAGGUCUUUUUAAUUUCGACUCUUUCUUAUGGUACUCUAUUUUUAUCCUCUUACUAUUUGUGCAAAUUAUGUGUUUCCUUUCGAUUCUCUGAUGUAGCGGUGUUCAACCUUUUUUCAUCUUAGGCUUUACUAGAAUAAAUUAUCAACAUUCCUUCGUACACCAUUGAAGCUUUCAAUAUAGAAUAGUGGUCUGCUCAAUUUGCUUAAAAAAUAAUGACUGGGAAAGUUUAGGAAACAAAGCUUCUGCACACCAGUUAGACAUUGUUGUAAGUGAAAACUUUUUAAGUCAAAUUAGUUGUUUCUCAAACAAUGUCACAUCAUUAACCCCUGUGUGUGCCAGGUAUUCUGGGAAUCCAACCGAGGCUCUCAAACACUUCAACAAGGCACGCAAAGAUUCUGAUUGGGGAAACAGUGCCAUCUAUAACAUGAUUGAAAUUUGUCUCAAUCCAGAUAGUGAGACUAUUGGUGGUGAGGUCUUUGCCUCAGUGGAAGGGGACAGUGCACAGUGAGUCUCAAAGAGUUGAUUUUUUUUUUUUUUCAAAUUAAAGUACUCUUUUGUUGUCCUGGUCUAACUUAAAUUAAACAGUUGAAAAGAAUAAAUUACAUAUAUAAUAAAAUAGAAUAAUUUGGGGGAAAUUGUUCUUAAAAAAAAAAAAAAAAAGAAAUAAAACUAGAUUUGCGAAUUAGUCUCUGUAAGUAGGUCAGUAUGAAUAUUUUUCCAAGAUUCUGUUUAAUACAGGAACACCAUGGACAAAGACAAGGCUGAUACAGAAAUGAUGGCGGUUAGGACUGCAGAAAAACUUUUAAAGGUCAGAAAAAUAGAAAUGUAUUUUCUUUUCGAUUAAAAAUAUUAAAUGUACAACAUGUAUUCCUUUGUGCUCUUUUCAAUACUUUGCUGACAUUGUAUCAAAUUGAUCAUAAAGGAAUAUGCUGGAUCAAAUUAUCCUACCCUGGGUGAUGUUGGGUCUAUGUUUAGGGUUGGUGUAGGGGGUGGGGUCCAUGACUUAGAGAAUAAUUUUAAAAUUCACUGUUAGUACUGUCAUGUUCAGAGCUAACAAGUCAGAUGAUUCCAUAACACCAUUUAUGCACAAAAAGUCAGAGAACCCAUUAGACAUGAUAAUUUUGUUGAAUUUUACAUUUUUUGAAAUGAAACAUAAUUUUUAAAGCAGACUGUAAGUUAAUGUAGAACCUUAGUUAAUGUAGAACCUUAGUUAAUGUAUAACCUUAGUUAAUGUAGAACCUUAGUUAAUGUAGAACCUUAGUUAAUGCAACCUUUUUAAUUGAGGAUUUGAAACUUUUAAAAAAAAAAUUUGAAUAAAACUGCAUUUUACUUAAUGAAAUUUUAUUAAGUGUUACAAUGCACAUUUUUUACCUGUUAUAUCACCUUUGAACCAUCAGGAGGUGAAACCCAAGCCUGGUGACAUUCGGCCUACAAUACUGGAGAAUAUGGCACUGAUAGCCACAAAGCAGAAGGCAAAUGUUGAGCGAGCUCUCAACAGUUUCAUGGAAAUAUGUUCAGGGGAGGUAAGUCAUACAUGUACAUCCUGUUUAUAUGAGACUGUUGACAUUCAUCUCGGGUCCAUUUGACAUCAAUGGCUACCUCCCAGUUCAGUUUGCUUAGUCUGGAUUUUAAAAAAACUAAUUUGAGUUGUUAAUGUCAUGAGUGGUCCCUAACUAUCAUAUGUCAUCAGUAACUAUAAUGUUACAUCAUCAAGCCACUUAUGUUACAUCAUCAAGUGAAUCUCAUGACCAUCAUAUGUCAUCAGUAACUAUAAUGUUACAUCAUCAAGCCAAUGUCAUGACCAUCAGAUGUCAUCAUUAACUGUGAUGUUACAUCAUCAAGUGAAUCUCACGACCAUCAUUACACAUAAUUAAUAUAACAAAGCCAGACUGACAUGUUCAAUGUUAUUGUCAUGGUGGAACAACUCCCUGUCAUGUCUGACUUUUUACUCUGCUUCAACAUUUUAUUAAAGCCCUUGAUUUAUUUACUGAGUAAAUAGAGUAAAUUACUCUAUAUGUGCUUAUGUCCCUCAAAACUAUACUUACACCUAUCCUAUGUAUGUUCCAUUAUACAAAUGUUGAGUUCAUAUUUCUUAGUGUAAAUCUUGAUUGAUUCAUUUUUUUCUUCAAUGAUACAAGUGGACAUAAUCCUAUCCUACAACAAGUCUUAAAUGGCACACAUAUUUAUUUACUUUUGUUUAACUCCCCUUUGUGGGACACUAACUUCGCAAUGACUCCAGCAGGCAGCCCCAGAAGGUCAGGGGUCAGCCCAUGCAGAAGGAGGCUCCAGAAAGGUAGACAAUUUGCCAGUUUGCACUAGAUGUUUUUUCAUUCUUAAAUAAAUUAACUGUUUUUCUAUCUCAUUUGUUUUCAUGAAGAUCAUUCUUUUCAAGCCUCAAUCUCAUCUCUUAUGGCUGGCCUAUAAAGCACUUUAUCUUCACAUUUUUAACCUACAUGUUCCUAAUUAGGAAAUAAGAUUGUUGUUCCUUUUUCAUAAGCAAUGCCCCCCAACAAGGAAAUAUGAUUUUUAUUUUUAUAAGCAAUUCCCCCCCCCAACCUAUCACCUAAUAAUCUAUGCUCCCUCCACCUGCUUUAAACAAAUAUGUGAUAGAAAUAUUUGUGUACUACAACCCUCAAUUUUUUUUUUCAAUUAAAUAUCUCAGCUGUCUUUUUUUUUACUUAUUGAAAAAAAACCAUUAAAGCAAUAGGACUAUGUACUAUUAAAAACAUUUUGUACCUUACUGCAGUGAUUCUCAAACUUUAAAUUGCAUUAUUCCAAGUGGUCACAAACAUAUAAUAAUUUAUUUUUUUAAUAAAUUUAUGAAUACAUUCAUAAGGUUGGUGCAUUUAACUAAUAUAUUUGGCUCUAAAUUGUGCCUCAAAACAUAUUCCAGACUGUUGGUAUUAAUUAGUUGACUAUGUUAACUUCUUCAUGAAAAAUUGAUAGUUGGGAAGAGUUAAGUGUGCAUUGGUAUAAAAAAAAUUUAGUACCAGCGGUGGGUACAUGCAAAGGUCUGACAGCACUGCAUGUGGCAUAAAAAAUUCUAAAAAUUAAAAUAACUAUAUAACUGUGAUUAGACCACAGACACCCGAUGUGUGAAUUACAUCCGCUUUUUUUAGUCUUUUUAUUGGGCAGUUUUAAAACAUAUUUUUACAAUUAAAAUUGUUGAUAUUAUAUUAUAAUUCAUUCACAAGGUACAAGUAGUCGUAUAUAGGCAAACAGGGUUGUAUUAGUGUUAUUAAUAGUUUUUACACAACUUUCCUACAAGUUUUGUAAUUUUGUUGCAUUAAUUAGAGAAAACUUACUUACUUGGAUCAGCCUUGAGCAUCCAAGUAAGUAAGUUUUCUCUAAUUAUGUGGUGCACUUACCCAACCCUAGAUCUAAGUGAUUAGCUUGUCGUCCUGGCACUUACCCAAACCUAGAUCUAAGUGAUAGCUUGUGGUCCUGGCACUUACCCAACCCUAGAUCUAAGUGAUAGCUUGUGGUCCUGGCACUUACCCAACCCUAGAUCUAAGUGAUAGCUUGUGGUCCUGGCACUUACCCAACCCUAGAUCUAAGUGAUAGCUUGUGGUCCUGGCACUUACCCAACCCUAGAUCUGAGCGAUAGCUUGUGGAGCACUAACCAAACACUAGAUCUGAGUGAUAGCUUGUGGAGCACUAACCAAACACUAGAUCUGAGCGAUAGCUUGUGGAGCACUAACCAAACACUAGAUCUGAGCGAUAGCUUGUGGAGCACUAACCAAACACUAGAUCUGAGUGAUAGCUUGUGGAGCACUAACCAAACACUAGAUCUGAGCGAUAGCUUGUUUAAGCACUAACCAAACACUAGAUCUGAGCGAUACCUUGUGGAGCACUAACCAAACACUAGAUCUGAGCGAUAGCUUGUGGAGCACUAACCAAACACUAGAUCUGAGUGAUAGCUUGUGGUGUACUUACCCAACCCCAGAUCUAAGUGAUAGUUUUAGGAUAACAAUGAAACAAUAGCUGUUAAAAUUUAAGUUUGAAGUAAUCAACCUGAAAUAAAUAAUUUCACCCAACAACAGUUCAUUUGUGUAAAUCUGUAAUUAAUAAUAAUAAUAAUAAUAAUAAGUGGUCUUAUAUAGCGCGGUACCCCGGCCUUUCACCAAAGGAAUCAAAUAUGAUUGUGUUAAAUGCACUCAUGGGUCAAAUUGUUCAAAUCCAGCAUUUAGUUAUAUUUCCAUCAGUCAUGCAAAGAAAAACCAACCAACUUGAACACAAAAGUUUGAGAUAAGUAACGACAACUAAAAACAAAUGAUUGUUUUAAAUUAAAAUUUCACUUACAGUGCCACUUAUGCCAGUUACAAUACCACUUAUAUUACCAGUGACAAUAACUCUUAUAAUGCCACUAAUGCCAGUUACAAUGCCACUUAUAAUGCCAUUUAUAAUGCCAGUUACAAUGCCACGCAUCAUACCAGUUAUAAUGCCACUUAUAAUGUCGAUAAGCUGAGACAACAAGAUCAAAUGUAGAAAUUAUGCGAUCAAUUAAUUAGAGAAAUUUAAAUAUAAACUAAAGCAUAUUUCAUUGUUGUUUUACCUGAUUAAAGAAUGAAACGCUGGUAAGCAUCUGAUUGCAAUAUCUCUAUUCCCACAGUUAAGACAAUGUUAUUACAACACUCAUUGAUCCAUGUGCUAACACAACUUUUGAGAAGCAUGUGUUGAUACGCAGUAGCAAACACUCAGUGGAAUGAGUUGAUUAGACAUCAGUAAAAAAUAAAAAGUUUCUGUUUGUAGUAAAGAUGUGUAACGUAUGGAAACUGAGUAUGGUUAAUUAUGGAAUUACUCUACAUAUAAUACAGAGAGAACACGUUGGUGCCCUCUACGGCAUGGCAGCAGCUUACAUGGUACUGAAGCAAAUGCCUAGAGCCAGGAAUCAGCUGAAACGCAUAUCUAAGAGUCCCUGGACUAUUCAAGUACGUGUUUAACCAACUUUGUGAAUCUGAUAGAGAACUCUUUAGUCAAAUAUAAGAACUGCUGGCUUUUUAAGUUUUUUUCCAUGUUGACAUUAUAAGAUAAAGAGUAAUCUGCAACUGACUAUUCCAGGAUGCUGAGGAUUUAGAGAAAAGCUGGUUGCUGCUGGCAGAUAUUUACAUACAGUCUGGUAAAUAUGACAUGGCUGGAGAGCUACUGAAGAGAUGCCUGCAGUUUAACAAGGUGAUUCUAUUGUGUUCCAGAUAUGUCUAACUGUCAAUAGAUUAACAUACUUAUCUUUAAUAUUUAAGCAGUGUAUUUCUAUUUAUGCUGUUGCACUGCACAUUUUUCUUCCUCCCUUCCUCUUGUGAUAUAUUGUUAAAAUAUUCCAUACCUUUAGACAGAGAAUAUUAUGAUUGCAAAUGAUAUCAGGUUAGAAAUAAUAUGACAGCGCAAUAAAAUUGUAAAAUGUGUGUGUUGCAGUCCUGCUGUAAAGCCUAUGAGUACAGUGGAUUUAUAUUUGAAAAGGAACAGUCCUACAAGGAUGCUUCAAACAGUUACGAGAAUGCUUGGAAGUAUGGCAACAAAAAUAACCCAGUUAUAGGUACGUACAUCCGGCCAGGACACAAUGCCUGGAAGUAUGGCAACAAAAAUAACCCAGUUAUAGGUACAUUUGUCAAACUAGGUCACAAUGCCUGAAAGUAGGGCAAAAAAAAUAACCCAGUUGUAGGUAUGCACUUCUGAUUAGGUCUCAUACUGAUUCUUAUGAUUGAAGUUAUCAAGUCUAGAGUUCGCUUGCAUGAGUCUCUAUAUUAUCAAUGAUAAUUAGGGAAAAUGAAUCCUCUUUGAAAUUUUCUGUUUAAUCACAACUGCUGCACCUGUACUUUGGCCCAUAUAGUUAGCAUGUGAAGAGGUCAAAAGGAAGCAAGAAAAAAAAAAGCAUCACUUAAUUUAUUGAAUUCUGAAUCACAUUUAAAUAAAGAAUAAAAGUUAUUUUUAAAUACUAGACUGAUGAACGUUAUUUUUGUGAAUUCUUCAUUAUUUUAUUCAUAGAAUGUAUUUUUUUGAUCUUAUCACAGAAAAUCUACUGCAUUUUGAAAUAUAAAAGACAAUUUCAUUAAAGCUUAUUCAAAGAACUCAUAAAUCUAGACAUUUAGCAAGGACUUUUUUGAUGUGUUCUAAAACGCCAGUGUUACUAUUGGACAACUUUUCUAAAUGUGAAAUUUUUCCUCAUUCAGGUUACAAAUUAGCUUUUAAUUACAUGAAAGCUCGAAGAUUUGUGGAUGCUAUAGACAUCUGUCACCAUGUAAGUCUUACUUUUACCUAGAUAUAUUUUUCUACUUUUAGAAAAAAAUUGUGGGAAAGGGAGUUGUGAUGCUUUGCGAUUUCUUUUUCCAUUCUAACAUAAUGAACACAGAAAAACAUUGACAAAGUAACCAAAAUACAGUAAUGCACAAAGAACACAAACAAAUAUUUGCUAACAAAAAAUGCAGAGGAUAUAAUAACGUCAACAGAUUAAGAAAUAACAUAUAAUAGGACAAUAACAGAAAGGGAGAUUAAUAUGAAUUGUUUUUAUGAAAUCUAUGGGCCUACAUGUUUUGUCAGAUAUUUUUAGUUAUGUAUGUACCCUGUACUCAUUUUUUUGCUCGUUUUAAAAGUUGCUUUUUUUCUCUCAAUUUUUUAAAAGACAUUUGUUCUCUAAAAGUUUUUAAAAACUAAAUAUUUCAGGUUUUGAACAGUCACCCCAACUACCCUAAAAUCCGCAAGGACAUUUUAGAGAAAGCCAGACAAAGCAUUAGAGUUUGAUUUUGUUUUGUGAUGUUGUUGGCAAGUUAAUUACCAGAUAUUCUGGUCUCAUUCCAAAUAUUUCGACUUAUUUGAACUGUUUAAAAUCAUUUCAAGAUUUUGUGAAUUGACAUAACUUUCACACGAACAAUGUAAAAAUGAAAGACUGGAUUGUUGCUAAUGUACCUUUAAAUUAAUUUGUUUCCAACUCACGGACACCUCAUGGGGGCCACAGUCAAGCCUGCCUCUGUUGGAGUUUUUCCAGGGUCAUGUUUCUAUGUUCCUCAGAUCCUUGUCUGAUUUUCUGAACCAAGUCUCAUUGAGUAGAAUAGAAUACUUGAAUAGAAUUCUAUAUUCAUUUAUUUAUCAGUCUGACGUGAAUGUCUUGUGAAACUUACAAAAAGAAAUUUUAGUGCUCCAGAGUAUCAAAACAAUCUUGAAUGCAAAUUUUCUCAGACUUUAUUUAACUCAUACUUUGUGUCAUUAAAUAACAUUUUAAACAACACCAGACUGAAAGAGUUGGUAAAUAUUCAAUAUUUGAUGUCUCCUAAAGAAUGUCAUCUUGACCCUGGAAAGUCCUGACCAAUAUUUUAAGGGCUUUUUAUGUCCACUCAUUUAAAAACUUGUGAAAAUAAAAAUAAAAACAAUCUUGCUAGUGGGAGAGUUCAUUUAAUUUCACUAACCUAAAUUAUGAAGUGACAUGAAAUCUCAUUCAAGUGUUAAUAUCCGUCCAUUGUUUAUUUACAUUACAUCU